AUGUGGAUUCUUCCCCUAAUCGGCUACGCCGGCGCCAUUGUCGGCUUUGGCUUCCUCACGCUCGCCAUCGCCUCGGGCCUGUACUACCUCUCCGAGCUGGUCGAGGAGCAUACCGUCAUCGCCAAGCGCCUCCUCACGCGCACCAUCUACACCAUUGUCGGUGUCCAGGUCGUGUUGUGUCUUGUCGAUGGCUUCCCCAUCUGGGCCACGCUACUCGGCGUCGUCUCGCACAUUGUCUACCUGGGUAACAUGCGCCGCUUCCCAUUCGUGAAGCUGUCAGAUCCUCUCUUCAUUCUGUCCUGUGUCCUCGUCCUCGUCGACCACUACGUAUGGUUCCGCCACUUUUCCGACACGCAAACCUCGUCGUACCAACGCGCCUCGUACUAUGACGAUGUCGAGGUCCCGAGCUUCACCAUGAUUGCCUCGUACUUUGGCCUCUGCGUCUGGCUCGUCCCGUUUGCGCUUUUUGUCAGUCUUUCGGCUGGCGACAACGUCCUCCCUACCAUGGGAACCGAACCCGCGCACGACGGUAGUGGCAGCAGCGGCUACACCGGCAAGGCGAACAAGCCCCAGGGCAUGAUCAAAGCCGUGGUGGACUGGGUGCGCGAUACGAUUGGUGAGCUGGUGGGGGCGCGCAAGAAGAGCCGAUUCUAG